AUGGAAGAACCGAUCGUUGUUAACAAAAGUGAAGAACAAGUUCUGGAUUUGCCUCCGGGUUUCAGAUUCCAUCCAACCGAUGCUGAGAUAAUAGUUUGCUAUCUCACGGAAAAAGUGAAGAACAGCAAAUUCAGUGCAACUGCUAUAGGAGAAGCUGAUUUGAACAAGUGUGAGCCUUGGGAUUUACCAAAGAAAGCGAAGAUGGGAGAGAAAGAAUGGUACUUUUUUUGUCAGAAGGAUAGAAAAUAUCCGACUGGGAUGAGAACUAAUAGAGCAACGGAAUCUGGUUACUGGAAAGCUACUGGUAAGGAUAAGGAGAUUUAUUACAAAGGAAAGGGUAACCUUGUUGGAAUGAAGAAGACUCUUGUGUUCUAUAGAGGAAGAGCUCCGAAAGGGGAGAAAACUAAUUGGGUUAUGCAUGAGUUCAGAUUAGAAGGCAAAUUCGCAACUCAGAAUCUCCCUAAAGCUGAAAAGGAUGAAUGGGUUGUGUCAAGGGUUUUUCACAAGAACACAGAUGUGAAAAAGCCUCAAGUUUCUGGACUUUUAAGGAUAAACUCAAUUGGUAAUGAUGAUCUUCUAGAUUAUUCUUCACUUCCACCUCUCAUGGAUCCUUCAUACACAAACGAUGAUUACAAGGGAAUUACUAUUUCUACUAAUCAACAAAUUUCAUCAUCAACUAAACCACAAUCAGACGGCUAUUAUCUUCCGAGCUUCUCCAUCAACAAUCAACAACAACUAAUCAAGCCAGAAGAGAAUUACCAUAGAAUAAUAAACUAUGAUCUUCAUGAGAUGAAUCCAACCAUGGUGAACUACACUUCCAAUCUCAGCAACCCAAUUGGAAACACACUCUCGCAGUCGCAACCACAACUCCGACUCCAAAAUCCAAACAUGAACUACUUCAUGUAUCAAAAUAGGAUGAUGCAAAGUUCCAUUCCAGCAUUUGGAAACAACAAUGAGUGUAAAAUGGAACAAUUCUCUUCAAAUCAAUCACAAGAUACCGGUCUCAGCAAUGAUACAUCAUCCGCCGUAUCGAAACAAGAUAUCGGAAGAAAUAGGGCAUCAUUGUAUGAAGAUCUUGAAGGUCCUUCCUCAGUUGCACCUCUCUCAGAUUUGGAAGGUUUUUGGGACUAUUAA